CCACCUCGACGUAAACUGCUUCGCACCUCAUUCAUACACACUCGCAGUCUUUUUAUCAUCACCAUGAAAUCAUCACUACUUCUUCCACUGUGCGCUGCGGCAGCUGUCUCAGCCGUGUACCCGCCAGAACAACAAGUCCCGCUUCAGACAGCGGAACAAGACCAAUACCUCAUAGAGCUGGCCCCAGGUGAGACGAGAUGGAUUACUGAAGAUGAUAAAUGGGCGCUACGAAGGGAAGGCAUCAACUUCUUCGAUAUUACAGAUACGCCUGAGCUCGGCUCGCUGAAUCGCGAGAUCGGUAUCCAGAGUGUCAAAUUCCCAACCAAGACGGCCCACAAUGAGACAGUUGCUCCACUCCUCAAGCAGCUCGAGAAGAAUAACAUGCGCAAACACCUGGAAAAGUUUACCUCGUUCCACACGCGAUACUACAAGUCCGAUUAUGGAGCGCAGUCGUCUGCAUGGCUAUUGGGCCAAGUCAACGACACGUUGGCUAAAGCUGGUGCUUUCGACCAUGGCGCACAUGUAAAAGCGUUUUCCCAUCCGUGGGGUCAGUCGUCUAUUAUCGCCACCAUACCGGGGAAGAGCGAUAAGACGGUCGUGAUUGGAGCGCACCAGGAUUCGAUCAACCUGUUCCUCCCUUCGUUCCUUGCAGCACCCGGGGCCGACGAUGAUGGCAGUGGCACCGUCACAAUUCUUGAAGCUCUCCGUGUACUACUCAAAUCAGAAGACGUGGUGAAGGGAAAAGCAGACAACACAGUCGAAUUCCACUGGUACUCUGCUGAAGAAGGUGGUCUUCUGGGCAGCCAAGCUAUCUUCCAGUCGUACGAAAAGGAGGGCAGAGACGUAAAAGCCAUGCUGCAGCAGGACAUGACUGGUUACGUCCAGAAGACGCUCGACGCGGGCGAACCUGAGUCGGUUGGAGUCAUCACCGAUUACGUCGACCCUGGCCUUACCGAAUUCAUCAAGACAGUCAUCACGACUUAUUGCUCGAUCCCAUACGUCCUCACAAAGUGCGGCUACGCCUGCUCUGACCACGCUAGCGCAAGCAAAGCGGGAUACCCAUCUGCGUUCGUGAUUGAGUCAGACUUCAAGUAUUCGGAUAACAAGAUCCACACCACUGAGGAUAAGAUUGAAUAUCUGAGCUUCGACCACAUGCUGCAGCACGCAAAACUGACUUUGGGGCUGGCCUACGAACUUGCGUUUGCCAAAUUCGAGUAA